CUCGGCAUCUUGUACUAAUAUGCUCAUUUCUUUCCAAGCAUUGAGACAAUGCAAUAUGUAUACUGUGGAAGACACCGUUUCCGCUCCGUAGGGGCCGGCUUCGCCAAACUCAAUUUCUUCCAAAUAUUGAAUCUUACCCAUGCAGCUUAUAGGCUCAGAUGGUAGUCGCGUUAUCGCGAAAUGGCCCCGAUUGACCUGCCUGAGUUACUCUCAGCCGCCGCCCGACUGCAUUAUGACAUACCAGAAACCCACAAGGCCGAUUACCAAAGGAUUAUUGGUCAGAUACGCGACGCAGCGGAAGAUAUCAUGAAAUAUGAAGAUUACAAGCCGUCUGUGGACUUUGACAAGUUUCCUCGCCUUGAUGUCAAGCCUGUUCCAGACGCAGAGAAUCCUCUGAACGGGUGGGCCUGGAAGGCGACUGUAAAAGGCUGCGAGGGUGGUCCUCUGACUGGCAAAACAAUUUGUCUUAAGGAUAAUAUAUGUCUUGCUGGAGUUCCAUGUCUAUUCGGGACGAAUGCUAUCAAAGACUUCGUCCCUACAAUCGACGCAACCAUUGUGACUCGAAUCCUUGAAGCUGGCGGUACGAUCGUAGGCAAGGCGACUUGCGAGAAUAUGUCACACGGAGCAGGUUCCUUCACGUCUUCCACGGGUCCAGUGCACAAUCCGUAUGCAUAUGGGUUCAGUACAGCUGGUAGCAGCUCUGGUUGUGCUGCACUUAUUAGCUCUGGUGAAGUCGAUAUGGGUAUGGGUGGUGAUCAGGGAGGGAGUAUCAGGCUUCCAGCCGCAUGCUGUGGUAUUGUCGGUCUCAAGCCUACUUUUGGGCUGAUCCCGUACACCGGUAUUCUCUCGUCGGAGCCAAGUCUCGACCACACUGGACCCAUGGCUCGUACAGUUGAGGACGUCGCAAUGCUUCUUGAGGCUGUUGCAGGAUACGACGGAAUUGACGAUCGCCAGCUUGGCGUACCCCCACGAACAAUCGUACCAAAGUAUACGGAUGAUUUACGAGUUGCACGUAAGGAAGGAAUUGCAGGCUUGAAGAUUGGCGUGCUGAAGGAAGGCUUCGAAGUUUCAGAACUUCAAGCUGAAGUACGCAUUGCCGUUGAGCGUGCAGUUGAAACAUUCAACUCACUUGGUGCGCUAGUGGAAGAAGUCGCCAUACCAAUACAUACAGUGGCCCGUUCAGCAUCGAUCAUCAUCAAUAGAGUGGGUUCGUCACAGACCCGUAAAGGCCGUCAAUGCGGACAUCGUGGACUCUACAUCAAUGAGUUCUUUGAGGAAUUAUUACCAUGGACGCAGGGGAAAUGGGAUAACGUGUCAUCCUUUGUCAUUAGCUCCGGCCUGAAUUCCGAGUAUGCUUGGGAGAAUUACCCAACCGUUUACGGCCGCUCUGUAAACCUCCUCCGGAAAGCGAAGCGACAAUACGACACCGCACUUGCAAACUUCGAUGUGCUCAUAAUGCCAACAAUCGCUUUUGGCGCACGUCGUCAUCCAAAACCUAAUGCAGCUCCUUGGAAUUGUGCAGAGCGAACAGCCGACAUCAUUGCGAAUACAGCUCAGUUUAAUGGCACAGGCCAUCCGGCAAUGAGCAUCCCAAUAGGUUGGACGCGCGCGGCGGAAGAAGAUAUACUGAUAGUUGAAGACAGAAAUAUAAAGUUACCUGUUGGCCUGCAGAUUGUUGGGCGCCAUUUUGACGAGGCCACGGUUCUAAGAGUUGGCGAUGCUUUUGAACAAGCAAUUGAUUGGAAGAUAGUCGGAUAAAACACGAGAGCAAAUUCAAAGAACUUUGAAUAUAAUUUUUAUGUCUGC